AUGGAUUCUGAGAAAAAGAAAGGGAGAAAACCAAAGAAUGCCAAGAAUGAGAAGCCAACAAAGGAAAAAGGAAAGAAGGGAAAAGGCAAUAAUAAAAAAGAUGCAGCAAUAAAAGAGGAAGCAAAGCAAGAUAAGCAAAUUAAAAAGAGAUCCGCAUGGAAUUUCUACUUUGGUGAAGUUCGCCAGCAGCUUCAACAAGAAUUUCCAGAUAAGACCUUCCCAGAAAUCACAAAAAUCGCUUCAGAACGAUUUAAGAACCUUGAUCCUAAACUGAAAGAAAAAUACAACGAACAAGCCCUUAAAUCAAAAGCUAUAUACGAAAGUACUAUCCAAGCUCAAAAUCCAGAAAAUGCUCCGAUUUCCAAAGCCGAAAAAGAAAGGAAACAAAAAAUUUCUCCAUACUUUAGAUUUUCUGUUUUGAAACAUGAAGAAUUAAAGAAGAACAAUCCAGACAUGACAUACAAAGAGCGUGCUGCAAUAGUUUGGGAUGUUUGGAAAUCUUUAUCGAUGAUUGAAAAGACAUAUUUCGAAACAGACGCAAGUGCUGCUACAGCCUCUCUUGAGCAUCACGAAGAGCCAAAGGAUGAGGAAGAAAAGAAGAAUUCUGACGCUGAAAAAGAUAAUUCCGAUAAAGAAGACCAUUCAGACAACGAAACAGGAAAUCAGAGUAAGGAUACUACAGAUGAUCAUCCAGAUGAUCAACCAGAUAACGAAGAAUCAAAUAAUCAAGAACAAGAUGAAAAUCAACACUCAGAAGCUCAGCAAGAACAUUCAGAGGCACAACAGGAGCACUCUGAAGCUCAACAAGAACAUGAAAAAGAGAAAACUUAUACAGAAACAAAGAAAAAUGAAGAAAGUGUAAAUUCUGAAAAAAUCAAUCCAGAAAAUACAAAUAACGAUGUCAAACAAGUAGAAAACGAGCCUGCUAAAGCAGAAAAUUGA